CUAAACGUUUCGGGUUUUCGACUACGCAGUUGUAAGCUAAAGGUAACAAAUACCGUGAGUUUCAUGUAGCAGUGAAUUGUGAUUCUUUCAUAACAGGAUCAGAUACUUCAUGCAAUAUAAAUAACCAAUCGCAUGAUGAUAAAUGUGAAAAUUCCACAUCUUUAAUUGUUGGAACGGAGAAAACAUCAGCAGCUAGUAAAAUUGAGAAACAAAAAGAGCUGCCAAACAUUUUACUACCAUUCAAAAAUGACAAAGGGCUUUAUGAUAACAACAAUUUAUUAGAUAAAGAGAUUAUUCAAGCACUAUCAUUAGCUGGUCCGUGCCAACCAGACAAGUCUGACUUGCCCGACAAUGAAUUCCCAAAAUCUAGUGAUAAUCGCCGAUUUAACUCCUCAUUUUAUUAUAUGAACAAUGAAAACGCUUUUAUGAACAAUGAUCGAAGUAAAUGGUUAUCAUAUUCUGUGACAAAAAAUACGCUUUCUGCUAUUGUUGUUGGUUAUUUGGAGAUGAAUCUACUAAACGAAGUGUAUGGUGCACCGGAUAUACAGAUUGGAAACAUUUGUCAAAAUCUGCCAAAGCCCACGGUCGAAGCAAAGCACAUCUUUCGAGCGCAAUAGCUGCUUCGUCUUUUCGUAAAAAGUUAGAUAUUCGGCACAAACUUGAUAACCAAAUUACCGAAGAAGCAAAGAAAUGGCGCACGCUUCUUAACAUUUUUUCGGAUACUGUCAGAACCUUAUCUGGUUUAGGACUUGCCUUACGAGGUCAUAGAGAGAACUUAUUGGAAGAUGAGAAUCCUGGAAUUUACUUAAGUGUUAUCAAGUUAAUUUCUAGACAUAAGCCAAUAUUGCAAGCUCAUAUUGAAUCUUCCGAGCGCGUAAAAUAUUUGAGUAAAACGAUUACUUUUGAAUUGCUCGAUAUAUUAGCAACAGAAACCUGUCAAGCAAUCGUCAACGAAUGUAAAAGUGCGAAAUUUUUUGCAUUAAUAGCCGACUCAACAACAGAUGUCGCUCACCUAGAUCAAAUGGCUGUUUUGGUAAGAUAUGUUGUGAUUAACAUAGAUAUUCCAAACUCUCCUAAAGUUGUAAUCAAAGAGAGUUUUCUGUGCUUUGUUCGAUUGAAAAAAGGAGAUGCAACCUCCAUUUGCAAUGAAAUCACAGCAAUCUUGUUUGAAAAAUUUAAUUUUGAGAAAAAAUAUCUGUGUGGUCAAAGCUAUGACGGUGCCCCUGUCAUGUCUGGGGGUAGCGGAGGUGUUCAAGUGAAAUUAAAAGAAUUUCUCGACGACGGCGAUGGAUCAUUUGUACCGUAUAUUCAUUGUCUCAGUCAUCAAAUGAACUUAGUUUUGAUUCAUGCAGCAGAAAAAAAUGCAAGUUCCUCAAUCAAAGUUUUUUUCGCUCACUCACAUCGACGAUGGGAAGAAAUUUUGAAACAGAGCGAAAGUUCAUCACGAACCUCUGACGAUUUUGGCAUCAAGCUUCUAAAAGAAUUAAAAAAGAAAUAUUUGGUUUAACUAAUAAAUCUGGAGAGG